AUGGCUAGUGAUAAAGAUGAUUCUCUUCAAUCUAUUAGUGUCCAAUUGAAAGGACCAAAUUAUCCUUAUUGGAGUUAUGUAAUGAGAAAUUUUUUGAAAGGAAAAAGGGUGUGGAGUUAUGUUGAUGAAACCUCUGUUAAGCCCACUGAUAAAAAAGAUGAAGCAAAGUAUGCAAAAGAGUUAGAUACAUGGGAGGCUAGUAAUUCGAAGAUCAUUACUUGGAUCAAUAAUUCUGUUUCUCAGUCAAUAGGUAUGCAAUUAGCAAAAUACGAUACUGCUAAAGAGGUUUGGGACCAUUUGGAACGGUUGUAUAAGCAGUCUAAUUUUGCUAAACGUUAUCAGUUGGAAAGUGACAUUAGAGCUCUUAAGCAAAAUAAUAUGAGCAUUCAAGAAUUUUAUUCGACUAUGACAAAUUUGAGGGACCAAUUGGCUCUCAUGGAACCCGCUGAAUUAAAAGGUGUCAAAGCAUACCUUGACCAUAGAGAAGAGCAACGAUUAGUUCAAUUUUUGAUGGCUCUUCGUGACGAAUUUGAGGCCUUGCGUGGGAGUAUUCUACAUCGUACUCCUCUUCCUAAUGUUGACUCGGUUGUUAAUGAACUGUUGGCAGAAGAAAUUAGACUCAAGUCUCACUCUCUUUCGCAUUUGGAUAAAGAAACUCAUACAUCUCCUCCAUCCGUCUUUGCCGCUCCUUUUAACAAAGGAAAACCUCAAGGGAGGGGCAUUGGAAAUUAA